UCUGCUGACUGGAGGGUAUAUAAGACAGUACAUCGUCUCUGUGGUCAGUGUCACUGUUACAGCAACUGAAUCUAUUCACUCAGCAUGCAGGAUCACAGUCACAGAAGGGCUCUUCUAGCCUGGUGCCUGGUGUUUUUGGUGCUUGUCCAGCAGGUAACCUGCAGUCCUGUGCCACAGUCGGACACACCCUCAACUUCUGUGCAGGAAGUUCAAAGGUCACUGAAGAGAACAGCUCGGAUGACCCCAUUAUGGAGGAUCAUGGGUACUAAACCUCACGGUGCCUACUGCCAGAACAAUUAUGAGUGCUCAACAGGAAUAUGCAGGAGAGGCCACUGUUCCUACAGCCAACCGAUUAAUUCCUAAAAUGAAGACUCCGUCUUUGCUCUCUAACCUGACGUUUUUACACCAUCAUGCAUGACAAGAGCUUGAUUCAGUGAACAGCAGGGGCAACUGAAUGUGCAAUGCAGUUAAUAAUCAGUUAGACAUAUAGUCAAGGCUAGGGCUGACUCCUCUAAAGCCACAAAGGAGGCAAUAGGUAAUGUUCUGAGUAUUGGGCUUAUCAUAAGGUACAUAACUUGUGGACUUUUUUGAGAGUGCAAAGAAAAAUCAACAUAAUCCUUGUAACCUACAUGCACGCACAGCAUAGGCUAUUGCUAUGUCGAAUGACAUUUUUGAUGGACUGAUUUCAGUUGGUGCUGGGAAGGUGAUACAGAGUAUGUCAAUGAAGAAUGUCAUUUUGGGCCAGUUUCCCUGAACCAGAUUAUAUAGUCCAUGUCCUGGAUGUACCUGGAGUACAGUAUUGCCCUUGCCACUAACAGCUCAUCUCAGGACUAAGCUCAGUCUAAACAUGGAAACUGGUCUGUAGUACUAGAUCAUGUUACCUGAAAGCUAUAUGCAAGUGAAAGCAACCGUAAACUGUGCAGUACCUUAGAUCAACCCAAAAGUCGUUGAACCAAAGUUAGACUAGAGAAAAGGGACAGAGAAAGUGCAAAGGUUGCCAUUAUUGAUUGUGCCUAGAUAUUAUUAACCAUUUGCCUCCAUCUUUGUGUGCUCACGUUUGUAGUAUUUAAUUUAAGACUCAUUUACCUGUCACUAUUUAUGUUGUUAUAAGUGUCUCAACCUCAUCUCAAGAUUUCCAAGCAUCAUUUUAAUACUGGAUUACUAUUUAUUGUUUUUCUCUUUUCCUUUUGUAUGACUCAACAGUUCAUCUAAAGCUCUUUUUUUUAUGUAUCUGACGAUAUAUCUCUAUAAGACUUAUAUGUUAUACUGUACUGUAACUCGAUAUGUGCAUGUCUUAUAUGAGUGAACUUUAGGUUUCUGAAAUUAAAAUGUGUUACGAGAAAAUUA